UUUCUUCCCGUGUGGUACAAGUCUCCAUACGGCGUUGUCUCGUGCUCUCCCGUAUUACCCGUUGCGCAGGGAAAGUGGUCACGAUGUCCGGAGGUCUAGAUGUGCUGCAGAUGCGGGAGGAGGAUGUGCUGAAGUUCCUGGCGGCAGGAACCCACCUGGGAAGUACCAACCUGGACUUCCAGAUGGAGCAAUAUGUCUACAAGAGGAAGAGUGAUGGUGUGUACAUAAUCAACCUGAAGAAAACGUGGGAGAAGCUGCUUCUGGCAGCACGUGCCAUUGUUGCUAUUGAGAACCCAGCCGACGUGUGCGUUAUCUCCUCCAGGAAUACUGGACAGAGAGCAGUGCUGAAGUUUGCCUCUGCCACCGGUGCCACCACCUUUGCUGGUCGUUUCACCCCUGGGACAUUCACCAACCAGAUCCAGGCAGCGUUCAGGGAGCCCCGUCUUCUGAUUGUCACAGACCCCCGCGCUGACCACCAGCCCCUGACAGAGGCGUCCUACGUCAACAUUCCCACCAUUGCCUUGUGCAACACAGACUCUCCUCUGAGAUACGUGGAUAUUGCUAUCCCCUGCAACAACAAGGGUCACCACUCCGUUGGACUGAUGUGGUGGAUGCUGGCCAGGGAGGUGCUGAGGAUGAGGGGGACAAUCUCCAGGGAACAUCCGUGGGAAGUCAUGCCUGAUCUCUACUUCUAUAGAGAUCCUGAGGAGAUUGAGAAAGAAGAACAGGCUGCAGCAGAAAAGGCGGUGGGGAAAGAGGAUUUCCAAGGAGAGUGGACUGCCCCCGUGGCUGAUUUUGCUCAGCCUGAGGUUGCUGAUUGGUCUGAGGGUGUGCAGGUGCCCUCUGUUCCCAUCCAGCAGUUCUCUGCAACUGCUGCCCCUGCCAAGGCCAACCCAACCACCACUGAAGUGUUCCAAGAAGAUUGGAGUGCCCAGCCUGCUACAGAGGAUUGGUCAGCUGCCCCCACUGCCCAGGCAUCUGACUGGGGUGGUGCCACUGCUGAUUGGUCCUAGGUCAUCUCUGCAAAACCUGGAUUGAAAACGCUUUGGAAAGUCAAUAAAUGUGACUUUGUUUAAAUA